UGCGCAGGGUGACUGAGGUGACCUGCGGUGGACUGUUAUCCAAGAGGAGCAAGGGUCAUGGCCUUGAGAGCCGGGGGCCACAGUCAGGCCACAAUGAAUGGGCUGAAAGAGAAGGUGCUGACACUGGAGACCAUGAACCCCUGUGUCCGGAGGCUGGAGUAUGCUGUGCGCGGCCCCAUCGUGCUGCGCGCCCAGGAGCUGGAGCAGGAGCUGCACCAGGGUGUGAAGAAGCCCUUCACGGAGGUCAUCCACGCCAAUGUGGGAGAUGCACACGCCAUGGGGCAGAGACCCAUCACCUUCCUGCGUCAGGUGCUGGCCCUCUGUGUCCACCCCGAUCUCCUCAAUAGCCCCGACUUUCCUGAGGACACCAAAAGACGGGCAAAGCACAUCUUGCAGGCUUGCAAGGGCCACAGCCUGGGUGCGUAUAGCGUCAGUUCUGGCAUCGGGAUGAUCCGGGAGGAUGUAGCACGGUACAUCGAGAGGCGUGAUGGAGGCAUCCCUGCGGAUCCCAGCAACAUCUUCCUGUCCACAGGGGCCAGCGAUGCUAUCAUGACAGUGCUGAAGUUGCUGGUGACGGGCGAGGGACGCCAGCGCACAGGCGUGCUGAUCCCUAUUCCGCAGUACCCGCUCUACUCAGCGGCGCUGGCCGAGUUCAAUGCGGUUCAGGUGGACUACUACCUGGACGAGGAGCGCUCGUGGGCCCUUGAUGUGUCCGAGCUGCGCCGGGCGCUGCACCAGGCGCAGGAGCACUGCAACCCGCGGGCGCUCUGCAUCAUCAACCCUGGCAACCCCACCGGGCAGGUGCAGACCCGCGAGUGCAUUGAGGCUGUGAUCCGUUUUGCCUUCGAGGAGCGGCUCUUCCUGCUGGCCGACGAGGUGUACCAGGACAACGUGUAUGCCGAAGGCUCGCAGUUCCACUCCUUCAAAAAGGUGCUCAUGGAGAUGGGGCCGCCCUAUGCGACGCAGCAAGAACUCGCCUCCUUCCAUUCUAUCUCCAAGGGCUACAUGGGCGAGUGCGGGUUCCGCGGUGGCUACGUGGAGGUGGUCAACAUGGACCCCGCGGUCCAGCAGCAAAUGCUGAAGCUGAUGAGUGUGCGGCUGUGCCCGCCCGUGCCGGGCCAGGCUGUGCUGGACAUGGUGGUCAGUCCGCCCGCGCCCUCCGAUCCCUCCUUCCCGCAGUACCAGGAGGAGAGGCAGGCCGUCCUGGCCGAGCUGGCGGCCAAGGCCAAGCUCACCGAGCAGGUCUUUAAUGAGGCUCCUGGCAUCAGCUGCAACCCGGUGCAGGGCGCCAUGUACUCGUUCCCGCGCGUGGAGCUGCCCCCACGCGCCGUGCAGCGAGCUAAGGAGCUGGACCUGGCCCCAGACAUGUUCUUCUGCAUGCGCUUGCUGGAGGAGACUGGCAUCUGCGUGGUGCCGGGCAGCGGCUUCGGGCAGCGAGAAGGCACCUACCACUUCCGGAUGACCAUUCUGCCCCCCAUGGAGAAACUGCGGCCCCUGCUAGAGAAGCUGAGCCAGUUCCACGCUAAGUUCACCAGAGAGUACUCCUGAGCCGGCCCCCAUGACUGCUGGACCCUGGACUGACCAGGGCCGGGGGCAUCUCUGAGCCCUCGGACUUGCGCAGAACUGCGCCCCACCUCUUGAGGUGCCAAUAAAGCUGUGACGACCUC